AUGUCGUCAACAACUGGCUCUAUCUACGAUGAUUCGACUACAGGGUGGGUAAACACUUGGACGUCGGCCCUCUUGGUCGAACCUGCUACCCGCGAGACUAUAUCUUCACGCCUGAACGACCUCCUGAAGGGCAAAAUCGUCAACGGAGUCCCUGGUUCAUCCCGUGGCAGAAGCAAAGAAGGCAUGCUCAACCAGUUUCACGCUCUAUUCGAUGUUGCCAAAAUGCAUGGGUGGACAGAGAUUGUGCGCGAUGAUACCUACUUCUGGACGGAGCAGUGGUUGUUGAACACAGCCUGGGAUGCCCCGGACUACGAGGGUGAGGAGAUGGAGGAGGGUUUGGGCUACGACAACGCGUGGAUUAUGUGUGCAAUGGGUGACGCCCGCCUGUUCGCGCUCGGAUAUGGGUAUUCACCGUUUGCAUGGAACGCCCUAUUAGACGGACUCGGGUUAGGUGACGAGGCAGAAUCAGAUAGCAUGCGGAUCGGUGCGUGCGCUCAAUUGUUGGGGGCCGGGAAUCGUAUCAAGCUGUUUAGGAGCGGUGGCGGAAAUGAAAAACCUACACCUGGUUUUGCGGGACGUUAUUUAGACGCUCGACCGAAGAAGGAAAGGUCCGAGUGGGAGAAGGGGGGACAAAUCGAUUGGACCUCGUUUCUGAAGGCUCUUGUGGAUCAACAACAGAGGGCAGAUCCGAAGACUGCUGCUCUUUUGAAGCUGACGCACGACCACCUCAUCGCUGGAAAGCCGGACUUGACAAGUGCAGAGGUUGCAGAAAUCAUAUGGCCUACACCAAAAGCCGAGAAAUAG